UGUUUAUGAAACAAAACUAUCUUGAGAUCAUGUUUCAGAGAUCUUAAUUAAGCUCAAAUAAGAACUCCAUUAUGACGUAUAAUAUCCAAGUAUGACAUAUGAGCAUAACCUAGCCAUAUCAACUCAAAUCAGAUUUGAACUUUAGCCAAGCCUUCAUGAUAACCUAUUCGUGCCCGCAAUUGGUUAUGCUACAGUCAUUUGUUACACGAUAUAGCCCACAGCUACGUAUACACUCUCAUCUAUUUCUAUCCAUCUACUUAGCCUACUAGCUCUAUGUAGCUACAUGGCAGCAUUGAAGUACCAAUAGAAUCACACCACGCUUGAAUAAUCAUUUAUAUCCCCGUGCUGUCUAUAAAUAAGAAGGCUAGCUUGGAUCUGCUCUCACAAGCUCCAGCGAGUUCAACUACCUACUACUACUAGUAGUAGACCACCACUAUACGAUUUAUACUCACACAUACACCCACGACUGAACCUACCACCUAAGCUAACACUUUACACAAUACAUUAUAAACCAUCCAUAUUUAAUAUCGAAACAUCAUGGCCACCGCCGAAACAGCUAACUUGGGGGCCCCUCACCCUCCAAAGGAGGAGGCUAUCAAAGUCUUCGGCGAGAUUGAGGCUGAUCUGAAGAAGACCCUUCUACACAUGAAGCACACAUACCACAAACACGAGCCCGAGUACUUCGCCGCGGUCCAAAAACUCAGCGACGCGGACCUAACCGCCUUCACCUCGUCCGACCUGACGCAGGUGCGCGUCGGCAUCUCCGCCUACGGUCUGCACUUGUUCGGCAAGCUCCGCAUCCCCGCCAUGCCCGACUCCGGCCCCGCCUACAUUCACUUCCGCGCCUUCGUCGGCGGCGACGGCCACAACGAGCCCGGCGUCGCCUCCCUCCACAGCAUCCACACCGAGGACAAGGAGGAGCCCGACGGCGGUCGCGCGUACCGUGCCAUCUUCACGAAGGAGGAUCCGCUGGAGUGGUUUGAUACUUAGGUGCCUACCUAGGUACCUAGGUAGUUUGGCUGUAGAUGCAUGGGAUGAAUGAAUCUGGAAACUACCGUCGUUGAAAAUCUAGGAACAGACCUAGGUAUCAGGGUAGCCAAUAAGCAUAUUAGGUACCAAAAGAAAAAAAAGAAUCACGUUUCAUGACCACACCAGUGACUUCAGUAUACACACAUA